CGAUGUCGAACCGAGGCGGGCUGGUUCAGUAAAGCAGAGGCAGUGGGGGAAGAUGGCGGCUGCCGUUCCACAGCGGGCCUGGACCGUGGAGCAGCUGCGCAGCGAACAGCUACCCAAGAAGGACAUUAUCAAGUUUCUACAGGACCACGGUUCAGAUUCGUUUCUUGCAGAACAUAAGUUAUUAGGAAACAUUAAAAAUGUGGCCAAGACAGCUAACAAGGACCAUUUGGUUACAGCCUAUAACCAUCUUUUUGAAAGUAAGCGUUUCAAGGGUACUGAAAGUAUAAGUAAAGUGUCCGAGCAGGUGAAAAAUGUGAAGCUUAAUGAAGAUAAACCCAAAGAAACCAAGUCUGAAGAGACUCUGGAUGAGGGUCCACCAAAAUACACAAAAUCUGUUCUUAAAAAAGGGGAUAAAACCAACUACCCCAAAAAGGGAGAUGUUGUUCACUGCUGGUAUACAGGAACACUACAGGAUGGAACUGUUUUUGAUACCAAUAUUCAAACGAGUUCAAAGAAGAAGAAAAAUGCCAAGCCUUUAAGUUUUAAAGUUGGAAUAGGCAAAGUUAUCAGAGGAUGGGAUGAAGCACUCUUGACAAUGAGUAAAGGAGAAAAGGCUCGACUAGAGAUUGAACCAGAAUGGGCUUAUGGAAAGAAAGGACAGCCUGAUGCCAAAAUUCCACCAAAUGCAAAACUCAUUUUUGAAGUGGAAUUAGUGGAUAUUGAUUGAAAUAGCAAUGCUUCAGAUUUAAAGACAUCAGCAAUGGCCUUGAAGAAGCUUAUGUAAAUAAUUACACCUGGUUACUAUUGUAAGGGAAAAGUCAACUGAAAAAUUCAAGGAGUUAAGUUAGAACUUGUUUACUUGAUCCCCCAACUUUUAAAAAAUAUAAUCCGUUAUAAAUCCCUGAAGUUUAAAAUAUUUUACUACAGCUGUGUAAAAUACUGGUUAAGGAGAACUCAUUUUCCUUUUACCUCAUGUUGUAAACUAAAAGGCUCAAUAAAAAUUUACCCAGCACCUUGAUUUGUUUCGUGUUGAUA